CUGGAAACGGCGCUGUGCGUGAGUGAUUGAGCCAGGGUGUAUGUGUGUGUGUGUUUUGCUUUUGUCACACAAACGCUUCGUUGGACCCUGCGAAGGAGCCCGCAGAAGGACGGCGGACGGGAGCGCGGCUGCGCCACGUCGUUCACGGCCAUGGAGCUCUGCGACGUGCCGCCCUCUUCCUCGCGCACAUAAAGGGCUUCCAUUGGCAGCGCGCCUCGCGGUUGGACCUUAAGUGAACGAGGUUACUGCACCUGAUGCCAGCCCCUGCAUUGAGGGGGGUAUCCUAGGAAAGGUCCUGGAGCACGCAGAACAGGCGCGAUGAGUGUGGCAGGGGAGCAGCCUGACAUCCUGAGCACGGCUGCGCUAGUCAAGGAGAGGUGGAAAGUGGUGAAGAAGAUUGGUGGUGGUGGCUUUGGGGAAAUCUACGAAGCCUUAGACUUGCAGACCUGUGCCAGCGUAGCACUGAAGGUGGAGUCAGCCCAGCAGCCCAAGCAGGUCCUCAAGAUGGAGGUGGCUGUGCUGAAGAAGCUGCAGGGCAAGGAGCAUGUGUGCCACUUUCUGGGCUGUGGCCGGAACGAGCGCUUCAACUACGUGGCAAUGGAGCUGCAGGGACGGAAUCUGGCGGACCUGCGGCGCAGCAUGGCACGCGGCACCUUCACAGUCAGCACCACCCUGCGGCUGGGACGACAGAUGCUCAGAGCUAUUGAGAGCAUCCACUCCGUGGGCUUCCUACACCGGGACAUCAAACCGUCCAAUUUUGCGAUGGGCCGGUUCCCCAACACGUGUCGCACCUGCUACAUGCUGGACUUCGGAUUAGCACGCCAGUUCACCAACUCCUACCAGGAAGUCCGACCUCCACGUCCCAUUGCUGGCUUCCGAGGCACCGUCCGCUACGCCUCUGUCAAUGCACACAAGAACAGGGAGAUGGGUCGCCAUGAUGACCUUUGGUCACUCUUCUACAUGCUGGUGGAAUUUCUGGUUGGCCAGCUACCCUGGAGAAAGAUCAAGGACAAAGAACAAGUGGGGAAGCUGAAGGAGACCUACGACCACAAGCUGAUGCUCAAACACCUGCCUCCAGAAUUCAGUGUCUUUUUGGACCACAUCAGUGGCCUGGACUACUACACUAAGCCUGACUACCAGCUGUUGAUGUCCAUCUUUGAGAACAACAUGAAAACUUACAACGUGCUGGAGAACGACCCGUUUGAUUGGGAAAGGAACGGAACAGACGGCACCCUUGCCAUCAGCUCCACAGCAACCAACCCCCAGCAGCACACCCGUCUCACACCAGCACACUUGGGUAUGGCCAAUGCCUCCGUGGUCCCUGGAGACCUCCUACGGGAGAACACAGACGAGGUGCUGCAGGACGAGCAGUUAAGUGACGGUGACAAUAAUGGCCCUCCUGACCGGCUACCCCUGCGCCCCCAAGAAGCUGACGUUUGGGAGGAUUUGGACCGAAACCGCAGCCGUGCCCAACCAGGAGCCCGUAAGGCAGCCACAGAGGAGGAGCACAGCCAGAACCAAGGUCAUCAGAGCCCAUACACAGGGCAUAGCCUGGGUUCCCCAGUGCGGGUGCGAUCCGAGACACUGCCUCCUAAUCGAAAUGCGCCACUGCUGCGGAAGCUGCGCAACAUCCAUAGUUUUGAGUUGGAUAGGAGGCUGAUGCUGGAGCCAAAGCCUAGCACAGAACGCUUCCUGGAGGCCUGCCUAGCAAAGCAUCUGGAAGGCUCCUUGCAAAUUAAAGAGGUUCAGCAAGGGUUUCCUUGUGGAGGACAAGAGGAGCAGAUGUGGCCAUCCAAUGAGGAGGUGGAAGCAGGCUCCUCAAAGCCUCAUUCCCCGGAAUCUCCAGAGCAGGGAGAAGGUGCAGCCAGCAGUGGCUAUGUGGCUGUAAACCUGAGCUCAGGCCGCCAGGAUCUGGAAUCAGCUGAGUGGGUGGUGGUCAACCAUGAGCAGGACCUGGAGGGCUACCAGGGCAGCAGAGAAAGCAAGGCUUCUAGCAGCCCCUUGGAUAAGGAGCCAGAGGUUCUGCAGCAGCAGGGAUCAUCUCCGUGCAAAGAGGAGGGCAUUUCCUGUCCCUCUAUUGCACCUGCCUCUGUGUCCCACAAGGAGGUGCUGGAGCGAUCUGUCACUAAUGGCGGUCAUGCCGAAGUCCCAGUGGAGGGUGUGGCGCUACAGCUGCCCACCUCUCCUUUAUCCCUGCCCGAGGAGGCUGUAACUCGGACAUCCAGCCCCCAGCUCCUGCGCUCUCCAAGCCCACACACCCUCCUGAGCACCCUGUCGGACCCCCUGCACCAACGGGCCCCCGGCCCGCGCCGUAGCCAAUUUGCCGAGCAGCAGCAGCACCCGCAGCAGCAGGGCAACUCUGGCCACGCGCGAUCCCCAGGUCAGCGGAGGCUACCUGCCAUUCCCCCAGGUGCUGCCAAUGCCAAGCUCCCCUCCGUCAUCCGUAUCACGCGUGCCCAGCUUCAGCAGCUGAGUGCAACCCUCCCUCCCUCGUUGUCCUGCCAGUCUGCUUCAGACAGUGAGCUACAGCGUCCCCUGCAGGAGAAACGGGAAGAUGGCGUUCAGCCCCCGGCCAGUGAUUCUGAUCCUGCCCAUCCCACCGGGUGCCCACCCAGUCAGCCUGGUAGCCCGGAUAGCGCAGUGAAAUGUGAAAUAAGUAAAGGAGAGACGGAGAAAGAAAAGAGAGACCGGAGUCCUGUGUUGAGCCCAGUAUUGUCUCGUAGACAUCCUCAGUCCCCCAGGUCACCCCAGCAGCCUGCCUUUGCCAACGGCCACCUCUCACCAUUCAUGGAUGCCCAGGCAGACAGCAAUGGGCACUUUCCAGACCUGAGGGACCCAGAGGAUGUUGCCGUUUACCCUGAGGGCUUCACUGUACCUAGCCAGUGUUCCCAGGAGGAAGUGGAUGUGGGUUCAGUGAAGACUGCCAAUGGGCCCUUUGCUCCACACAGGGACCCAGCGCGCCGAGUAAGCAGAAUCCCCAUUCUCGAACCCAGCAGCCUUUUGGAUUCCCCACCUGCUGGCUCUGCCAAGGAGAAGCUCUUACAGAAGAAAUCCCAAACAGCUUCCCCAUUGAUCUCAUCUGAGAAGCGGGACCCCUCAGUCACUCUACUUCAGGAUCAGAAGUCCUCCACUUCAGACCGCUCACAGGACGUGGACCUGGGCUCGCACUCAGAUCGGCAGGGUGAAGAUGCACCUUCUAUUACCUUCUCCUGCAGUCUGCUGUCCCGCAGGAGCAAGAUCCCACGUCCGGUGGCACCAACCCCCGUGCCGGGGCAGCCUGCUAUUCAGUUCCUGCCACACCCGCCCCCUGGAAAACCACCAAAUCGCCCUGCAUUAGACAGCAGGCUGCGGCGCUGUCGGAUCCGAGCAAGCAGUGCCAGUGAUGCAGACCUCUUCACAUGCCUUUCCCAGCUGGUUCAGGCUGGUGGCGGUGGUCCUCGGCCACGGAGCUCCGCCCUCAUCAGAGCAUCUUCUCACGGUGGUUCCAGGGCUCUACCUGGCACUCCGCCUUCACCUCAUAGGAGCUCCAGUGCAUCGCCGCGCAGCUCCUCCUCCCUGCAGCGAUCCGUCAGCUCCUCUCCAUCCCGCCACGAACACCGGGGUGGCGGCACGGGGCAAGGCCGCAGCCGUUCCCCACCUAGUCUCUCGUGCUCGCCGCCACUCCGCCGUGCCUACCCCCAGGAGGGCUGCUGUGGCCGGCAAGUGCGCUCCGGCACAUUUCACUCUCCCCGGAGCAAAGGUUGCAGCCGGGACAGCAAGUGCUCAGUUAAGCUUAGCAGAUAGUGCCUGUGCCACUUGGUCGAAGCUGUGGCCAGUGACCAUUAUCCCAUAGCAGGCUGUGCUGGAGCCUCUCUACUUUUUUUGUAAAUAUUUCUGAUCUUUUCAUUUUUGCAUUUCUGCUUCAGACUUACCUGCUGUUUCAUUUCACACUCUCUUACUCUACACUGUUACAUACCACAUUUGUCCAUUCCAGGCCAUAUUCAGCUCCCUCCAAUCCAAUUUAUUUACAGUAAUAUCAGGAGUAAUUGUGUUUAUAGUGUUUACUUUUCAGCAGAAUAUGAAGAAAUGGAGUGCACAGUCCUCCGAGAUACGGUUAGAUUCAGUUCAGCAUUGAAGUCUGGGGAUCCAGCUUGGGCCAGUGUGACCAGCUGAACACACACUCCUCCCUGCAAUACUGAUAUUGUGUACAUUGUAGAAAGACGGGUGUAUCUCUGAUCAUACACCCACAUAAGAGAGCAUGUGUAGAUAUAUGAGAAUAUAAGCCUAAAUAACUUUCAUGUGUUUUUCUAUUUAUUGAUUUACUUAUUUAUUUAUUUAUCAGCUAUAUGUUACAGUAGGUGCCUGAGUGCUCGGUCUACAAAUACAGGAGCGUCCGAUAAACAUUUUAUCCAGUACUGUAGUUCACUAGCACAGAAAUUAGUAGUUCAUCAAUAUUUCCUUUUCUUUAGCAUAUAAAUUUUCUACAUUCACUAACAUAGUUGUACUGUGAAACCUACAAUAGAGGCUAGGAGGAAACCACAGGUGGUCUGUGGUGUGUGUCCCUCCUAGAACAACUGUUGAGAAUCUCUAUACCAUCCCUCCCCCCCAGAAAAAGUUGGGCCA